AUGAAAAGUCAUCGUGUGGUUAAACACGAAUUGGAAGGUACUGCAAAAAUGUGGACCAGUGUAGCGGGAACAGGUUGUCCUGGACCUGUACCAAAUGCGCUGGAUCAUCCGCAUGGGAUCUAUGUUGAUAUCGAUUUCAGUUUAUACGUAGCAGACACUUAUAAUAACAGAAUCCAACGUUUUGCAUUCGAUAAAUCGGAUGGAAGCACAGUAGCUGGUUUUGGCUCAUCAAUACAUUUUUUACUGAACAGACCGACUGGCAUUGUACUUGAUGCUGACAACUAUCUCUUCAUCGUAGAUAGUCAUAACCAUCGUAUUGUCAGAUCGACACAAGAUGGAUUUCGUUGCAUUGCUGGAAGUUCAUCGACACCUGGAUCAAAUCCCAGUCAACUGCGUUAUCCAUAUUCAUUGGCAUUCGACACAAGUGGUAAUAUACUUGUGACUGAUAUGCAAAACCGACGAAUACAACUAUUCAGAUUGACUAGUAAUCCACGUGUCAUUCGUGAUAUUCCAGUGAAUGCACAAUGGGUACAGAAUGGUGUUACUGUUGCUGGAGGGAAGAUAGGUGAUAUAAAUAGACAAGUAGUAGCUGGUGGUCGUGGUCAAGGAAAUCGAUUGGAUCAAUUGCCCAAUCCAACUGACAUGCUGAUUGACAAAGAGACUAAUAGUCUUAUUAUCUGCUCAACAAUGCGAGUUGUACGAUGGUCUCGUCAAAGUGGCACCACUCAAGGAGAAAUCCUCAUUGAUAACGUCACUUGUCAUGGAUUGAGCAUGGAUGAUCAGAGAUGUCUGUACGUCUCUGACGUCGAAAAACAUGAAGUGCGACGAUAUCGAAUGGGAGAUAAUGUUGGAACUCUCGUAGCUGGUGGCCAUGGAGCAGGUGAUGGUCUCAAUCAACUCAACUGGCCAAGAUACAUCUUUGUCGAUCAACAACAGGCUGUUUACGUGUGCGACUGGAGCAAUAAUCGUGUGAUGAAAUGGAAUAAAGGUGCAACAGAAGGAAUUGUCAUCGCUGGAGGUCAAGGUCGAGGGAGUGCUUUGACACAAUUGGAUGUUCCUAAUGGCAUAUUCGUCGAUACGUCGGUUACGCUCUAUGUGGCAGACACAUGGAAUCAUCGAGUGAUACGUUGGCCUAAAGGAGCGACACAAGGCACUGUCAUUGUGGGUGGAAAUGGUCAAGGACAAGGAACGAAUCAGCUUCAAUAUCCCCGUGGAGUGUCCUUCGAUCGUUAUGGCAAUCUCUAUGUUGCCGAUGAGUGGAAUCACCGUGUCCAACUUUUUUCAAUCAAAUAG